CUGUCGAAGAGAGACGUCUGGAGAGUCAUGCUUUGCUGCCCUCCUCUCCGCACUCGCCGCCGCCCCUGGCAUGCAGACAGGCCAUCGAGUCCCAAUCGUCGACUCGGUCCAACGGUUGUUCUGCACCGCCGCAGCCAGAUGUCCCGAGAGAAAGCCAUCACGCGGUGUGCCCCAGCCGUUCUGCCAACCCAGCGCUCACUCACCCUCCCCCUAGUCGACGCACCAACUGAAUCGUAUCGGCCUGGGCGCGCCCUCCCGCUCAUCAAGCCUUACUGUCCGAACCCCCCUGCCGGUCCCCACUGGAAGAGGCCUUAAUUUGGACUUGGAUCGCACGCCGUGCAUCUGGUGUCACUUGCUUUCCUCUGCCCUACCAUCUUGUUCUGUUCGCGCCCAAACCGUCAUCAACCCGUCACCUGCAGCCAGACGAUGCUUCUUGUCUGCUGCCAUAUAGCUUCUUCGCUAUGUCCACCGACGUCUCGCAGUCUCUGGCCGCCGCAAUGUCGAGACCCCAGAUCGGCAUCGACCGCCUGCCGGCCCGCCGUGUCUCCAACGAGCCUCGAGAGGCCAUGAAUUGCAAGAGCUGCCGCAAGCGAAAGAUCAAAUGCAACCGCACACGCCCGACCUGUGAAGCCUGUCAGGUGUUCAAUUGCCCUUGUGUUUACGAUGCCGUACCCAAGAAGAGAGGCCCCAAGACCGAUGUCCUCGAAGCCCUACUGAAGCGUGUCGACGGCCUCGAAAAGCGCCUGGUCUCCGAGGGCAAGAGCGAUGACCCGGCAGAAGCCGACCCCUCCUCAGCCCAAGAUGCAACCAACGACACCAAAGCAACAACCGAUGCCCCAACGUCACAGUCACGCUCUCCACAUGAGGUUUCCCCACUCCAGAUCCAUGCCACAACGCAUGCGAAUCAGUUGAUGUCUCCCAUUGAGCCAAGCACACAAACACCAACCCUGGCUCCUGACCUACUUCUGGAUACCUACUUUGCCAGAAUACAUGGAAAGCCAUACUACAUCCUGGACGAAACUACCACUAGGCAGCGGUCGCAAGCCAAUCAGCUUCCUGCGCACUUAGCCUACGCUCUUUAUGCCGUGAGUGCCAGAUAUGCACCCCAUUUUGGAGGCUACUCUUCUGCGGUGCGAAUCGGUCAGGAGUACGCCCGCCGCGCCCGGCUAGAGUUGGACAUUGAUGAGCCCUCUAUCGAAACCUUACAAACACUCAUGCUACUUGCGCAAGCCAAUUUUCAACUGGGCGUCGGCAAGAAGACUUUCAUGUUGCUAACUUCGGCUAUUAGCAUGGCUUUUGCACUUGAUCUCCAUCGCGAACUGCCGACCGGCGUCAAGGUUACAUCCGCCGAGCGAGAAGGCCGACGACGGCUGUUCUGGUCCUGCUACCUCAUGGAUCGAUUUGCAGCCACCGGCUCUAAGCGGCCAUCAUUAAUAGCGGAUGAAUCGAUUGUCCUGCGUCUUCCCAGCUGGCAGCUUCACCCGGGCGCCUUGCUGCUGGAAGGGGAUUAUUUUCCGAACGGAAGCAAUUUACAGUACAUGGGCGGUACUGGAAAGGGCGGGCAAGGAAGCAUGGGUAUGCUGAUCGGCAUAGCAAGAAUCCUGGGCAUAACAAAUCGCUACCUCGCCGCCGGAGGUGUCAAGGGUGAUUCACACUUUCCUUGGCACUCAUUAUCGAACCUGUCCAAGAUUCGCCAGGAGCUCGACAUAUGGGCUUCAGAGACGCAGGACACUUUUACCUCGAUUGAUGCACUAUUCGGCCAGCCGGACAGCACGAUAUUGGUUCUCAGCAAGCUGAUCUACCACCUUAUACACUGCCUUAUAUAUCGGCCAUUUCUACCCGUAGACUUGGCUGAACUAUCCGGAACAUCACAACAUCAACCCUGGCAGAUUGAAGCGACAAAUCUGUGCUUCCUUCACGCUAAUGCAAUCGCUGAGCUAGUCGAGAUAGGACGAGCUUCCUCGAUUAUUGACUGGCCGGCCUUCGUUGGGUACUGCGUGUGCACAGCCGGUACCAUCCAUGUACAUGGAGCACACUAUCCUGGACGCGAAGGUGAAGUGUUUUCAGUUAGUGCCGAAUUUCUGUCUCGAGAGAUGCAGCAGCUCUCCGAGCUACGUUACAUCUGGGCCGGCGCACAACAUCAACGAGACACACUGCAGACCAUCUAUGGGUGCCAUACCGAGCUUGUGCAGUCGUUGGCAAGUAACCCAAUGCGCUACGCGCCAGUCUUCCAGCUAGAGGACUUUUUCGAUAGAUACCCCGUGCAGGUGUUCGAUGGAUCGCAUGUCACGUUCCUCGAUAUUGCAGUGGAUUCGAUCCAAGAGGGUAUCGCAACAUACAAUAUCGAACAGCGUAACAACAUGUACAUGACUAGCGGAGUGAUUGGGAACACUCAAAGCUACCAAAAGCAACCGCUCCCAUCACAACAUGCGCAGCAGUAUUCGAAUGGACACCCGAACAAGAGACGAAGGGCAACGACGACUACGAAAGCAACACCACAAUUACAGGCUGCGCCUCCUCCACCGACACCUACAUCUACUACACGCCCGCCCCUCGUACACAGACGCUCUGACGCCGGCACUGCUGAUUCAAACCCAAGUCCUCGUGACACCAAAUCCAAUCCACCCAACAACUCCUCCAUACGUCCAUUUACACCACCACUACAGAAUAGCUCACUAAACCCCCCCAACGCCAAUGGCAACGGCCUGGCCCUCCCAUUUUCGCCGAACUUCUCCUUCUCGCCACUGCCCCAAUUCGCAAGCCUAGCGCCCUCACCCGUGCCCCGAGCAGGGAAUAUCAACAAUCCGAAUCACGACCCUUCUCAGAUGCAUUUCGAUCCAAUGCUCACUAUGCCUACUCCGUAUGACCAGCAACCAACCCCUGGGGCAGGAAGCACGUCAGGUGGAUCAGUCCAUACAGACCCAGACAGCAAGGAUCCAUUUCUCAGUCUACUAGAGCAGCUUGCAGAGAAUGAGGUUAGCCGGGGCGGGCCAAGCGAGCUGGAUUUCUUCUUGAGCGGGCAGAGCGGGUAA